CACUCACAGACUCAUUUUCUCGUUUCUUCCAUUCUCUUCAUUCUUCACAACACAAUCAUCAUCAUCAUAUUUCAUUCAUUCAUAUUCUCUCUCUCUCUCUCUCUCUCUCUCUGUCGCUCUGAAAUUACAAACAAUCCAAUCCUCAAAAGCCUAAAAAGUUAGAGAGAGAAACCCCAUAACAUAACGCACAGCAAUAAUUCACUUUUCUUUACAACUCUCUCUUUUCUCUUUCUUUAUUGCCAGCCUCGCAAGCUCGUCCUUCCCCCAUCCCAUAACAUAACUCCCAUUUCUUUCCUCUUUCUCACCUUCCCAUCAUCACUGCCACACCACCACGAUCUCAGUUGAGUCUUGUGGAAUCUGUAGACUACCAAAACACAGGAGUUCAAAGAACAUCUUUUUUGUCUUAGUUGGGAGAUACAGUACCAAAAAGGCUUUCAGGCAAUGUCUAGCUCUGCGAAAUUGGAUCCUGCAUUUCAGGGAGCUGGUCAAAGAGUAGGGACUGAAAUUUGGCGAAUUGAGAACUUUCAGCCCGUUCCAUUGCCAAAGUCUGAAUAUGGAAAAUUCUACAUGGGGGAUUGUUACAUUGUCUUGCAGACAGCACAAGGCAAAGGAGGUGCUUAUACCUUAGACAUACACUUCUGGAUUGGGAAGGAUUCAAGUCAGGAUGAAUCCGGAACAGCAGCUUUAAAAACUGUUGAACUUGAUGCGGUUCUUGGGGGACGUGCAGUGCAGCACAGGGAAAUACAAGGCUAUGAAUCUGACAAAUUUUUGUCAUACUUUAAACCUUGUAUCAUACCUUUGGAGGGUGGUGUUGCAUCUGGAUUUAAAACGCCUGAGGAAGACAUAUUUGAAACACGGUUGUAUGUCUGUAGAGGAAAACGAGUUGUCAGAAUGAAGCAGGUCCCUUUUGCUCGAUCCUCACUGAAUCAUGAUGAUGUAUUUAUCCUGGACACUCAGAAUAAGAUUUAUCAGUUCAAUGGUGCAAAUUCCAAUAUCCAGGAAAGGGCCAAGGCCUUGGAAGUAAUUCAGUUUUUGAAGGAAAAGUAUCACGUGGGAACUUGUGAUGUUGCAAUUGUUGAUGAUGGGAAGUUGGAUACUGAGUCAGACUCUGGUGAGUUCUGGGUCCUCUUUGGUGGUUUUGCUCCUAUUGGAAAAAAGGUCACUAGUGAAGAUGACAUUAUUCCUGAGGCCACUCCUGCUAAACUUUAUAGCAUCACUGAUGGACAGGUGAAGAUAGUAGAAAGUGGACUAUCCAAAUCCCUGUUGGAAAACAACAAAUGCUAUCUACUGGACUGUGGUGCUGAGGUAUUUGUUUGGAUUGGCCGGGUAACGCAAGUGGAGGAGAGAAAAGCUGCCGUCCAAGUGGCUGAGGAAUUUCUCACUGGUCAAAAUAGGCCAAAAUCUACACGUAUUACCCGGCUUAUUCAAGGUUAUGAGACGCGUUCAUUUAAGUCCAACUUUGAUUCUUGGCCCUCAGGUUCUGCCACUCCUGGGAAUGAGGAAGGAAGAGGCAAAGUGGCAGCUCUGUUGAAGCAACAAGGGGUUGGUGUCAAGGGCAUGACAAAAGGUGCGCCUGUAAAUGAGGAAGUCCCACCUUUGCUUGAGGGAUGCGGAAAGAUGGAGGUAUGGCGCAUCAAUGGCAGUGCCAAGACUCCAUUGCCUAAAGAGGAUGUUGGUAAAUUUUAUAGCGGGGAUUGCUACAUUGUUCUCUAUACCUACCAUUCAGGUGAUAGGAAAGAAGACUACCUUUUGUGCUGUUGGUUUGGAAAGGACAGCAUUGAGGAGGACCAAAAGAUGGCUACUCGGUUGGCUAGUACAAUGUUCAACUCAUUAAAAGGGAGACCUGUUCAGGGUCGCAUAUUUCAAGGUAAAGAGCCACCACAAUUUGUUGCACUUUUUCAACCUAUGGUGGUCCUUAAGGGAGGUUUGAGCUCUGGUUACAAAAAAUUUAUAGCUGACAAAGGUUUGACGGAUGAAACUUACACGGCGGAUUCUGUUGCACUCAUUCAAAUAUCGGGAACUUCCACUCAUAACAAUAAAGCAGUGCAAGUUGAUGCAGCCGCAACAUCAUUGAACUCUAUGGAGUGUUUUGUCCUUCAAUCUGGCUCUUCAAUUUUCUCCUGGCAUGGAAAUCAAAGCACCUUUGAGCAGCAGCAGUUAGCUGCAAAAGUUUCAGAGUUUUUGAGGCCAGGAGUUGCUCUGAAACACGCUAAAGAAGGAACAGAGAGCUCAUCCUUCUGGUUUCCCCUUGGAGGCAAACAAAGUUACACCAGCAAAAAAGUUUCUCAGGAGAUUGUCAGAGAUCCCCACUUGUUCACAUUCUCUUUUAAUAAAGGAAAGUUUCAGGUCGAGGAAGUUUACAACUUUUCCCAGGACGAUCUGUUGACAGAGGAUAUCUUGGUAUUUGACACACAUGCUGAAGUGUUUGUUUGGGUUGGUCAGUCUGUAGACUCCAGAGAAAAGCAAAAUGCUUUUGAAAUUGGCCAGAAAUACAUAGAGAUGGCUGCAUCUCUGGAGGGGUUGUCUUCAAAUGUACCACUAUAUAAAGUCACUGAAGGAAAUGAACCAUGCUUCUUCACAACAUACUUUUCAUGGGAUCAGAACAAAGCUGUUGUUCAAGGAAACUCAUUCCAAAAGAAGAUAGCACUGUUGUUUGGGAUUGGCCAUGUUGUGGAGGAUAAGUCCAGUGGGAAUCAAGGAGGACCAACUCAAAGGGCUUCAGCUUUAGCUGCCUUAUCCUCUGCCUUCCAUCCAUCCUCUGGGAAACCAACCCAAACGGACAAAUCCAACGGGUCAAAUCAAGGACCUAGGCAAAGGGCUGAAGCUCUGGCUGCCUUAAACUCUGCGUUUAAUUCAUCCCCUGGUGCCAAAACUUCUGCUCCUAGGCCAUCUGGCAGAGGUCAAGGAUCACAAAGAGCAGCAGCAGUAGCUGCUCUUUCAUCUGUUCUUACAGCUGAAAAAAAGUCUGAUGAAUCUCCUACUCGAUCCAGUAGCAGUCCUCCACCAGAAACUAACUCUCCUGUCCUUGCAGCAGAAACAAAAAGUGAAAAUGAUCAAUCUGAAUCAGAGGGACCUCAAGAGGUUGCAGAAAUCAAGGAGAGUGAGGAAGUUGCACCCAGAUCUGAAAGCAAUGGGGGGAAUUCAGAACCAAAGCAAGAGACAGUGCAGGAGAAUGAUAGUGGAAGUGGUCGAACAUUCAGUUAUGAUCAACUAAAGGCAAAAUCUGAUAAUCCAGUGACUGGAAUUGAUUUUAAGAGGAGAGAGGCAUAUCUGUCAGACGAGGAGUUCCAGUCUGUAUUUGGGAUUACCAAAGAAGCUUUCAAUAAAUUGCCAAGGUGGAAGCAAGACAUGCAGAAGAAGAAAGUUGAUUUAUUUUAGGGAUCAAACUGAUUAAAAGAAUGAAAUUUCUGCCUUCUUCUGCAUCCUUAUUCCUUAAUUAUAUCGAUCUCUGCUUCUAAGUUGGAUAUCUGUGGUUUAUUGGUAGAACAUGCCUGGUUUGCAAUGUCUUCUUAGCAUUUUGCUAUCUGCCCUUGAUGGUCAAUAGCUGUGAUAGCAUCGGUAUUGAUUGUGAUGCCAUCUGAAGAGUGAUUCUUUUAUUUCUUUACUUUCAACUGAUCCUGCUUUUUGUAAUGCUCACAGAUUCUAGUUUUAAAGACUUCAGGCAGGUCAAAUUCUUUUAAUUGGUCAGUAUGUAUUUCUUUUGUGGUUAUCUGACAAUCAUCAUCUUCUAUUUUGUUAAAAGGGGGGGUUGUAUAUGUAUUGCAUUUGUACGCGAUUUUAUUAUAUAAGGAAUGAAAAUUUGUUUGUUGGUUGCCAUGUA